AUGAUCGCCUCUCCCCUCGUGACGCCGGCUUCCGGCACCGGGGUUUCCAAUGAGGUCGUCAUUGUACCUCCUAAGUCUUUAAGGCGCUUGCCGGCUCCUCCUGUAUCGCCCAAUCGGUUCGUCGGCGGUCAGCGACACGACCUUUCCGCAGAGCAGAGGGACCAGCUCGACUCAUUUGCAAAGAGCUUGCAUCUUGACGACUUCAAAGCGGGCUUUAAUGCCAAUAUUAAUGUUGUGGCUCUUCGCGUGGAAGCUAAGGGUGUAGGUAAAUUACUUGGUGACCCCAAUAUUGCUAGUCAUGUCCUUCGCGCGUCAAGGAUUGCGUCUGUCGUCGAAGAUCCUACUAGCCCAAAGCAAAAUCGCUUCGUGUUGCUCAAUUAUUCAGCUCAAGACGAGCUCCCAGGUUCGCUCACCGCUGCGGCUGUGCAGCAGGGGCUAGCUCUUGUCAAGCAUGUGCUACAUGUUAAUUACAACUAUUUCACCGCAGAUCAAGUCAUCAGCAGCCUCUUGCCAGCGAGCAUGCCUGAGGGCACGCCGACCGCCUACACAUUGACUGGUCACAUUGCCCAUGUCAACCUGAGGGACGAUUACUUACCUUACCGCUUCGUCAUCAGCCAAGUCCUACUUGAGAAAAAUGCAUCAGUGCGCACGGUCGUAAACAAACUGGACAGCAUCGACACCGAGUUUCGCUUCUUUGCAAUGGAGCUAUUAGCAGGCGAGUCGAGCUAUCAGGUCGAGUUGUCUGAAUCAGGGUGUCUUUUCAGUUUCGAUUUUCGCCAAGUCUACUGGAACAGUCGAUUGCACACGGAGCACGCGCGUCUCAUUUCUCUUUUUUCGCCAUACGACGUAGUGUCUGAUGUGAUGGCGGGCGUAGGUCCGUUUGCCAUUCCUGCUGCGAAGAAGGGAUGCUGGGUCCUGGCAAAUGAUCUCAAUCCCGCUAGCUAUGGUAGCCUAAAGGACAACUGCAAGCGCAACCGCGUCGAUAAUUUCUGCACCGCAGCAUGUGAGGAUGGCAGAACAUUCAUACGAAACAGCAUCAAACAGACUUGGGAGGAGGGAUUUGACGGAAAGCUGCUUGUGAAAGGUGGUGCAGAGGAGGCCACGAGUCGUAGGGCGCGGCUGAAAGAAGAGCGCAAGCGCCGACAAGAGCCAAUCGCACAAGGUACGAACGGCGACAACCACCCGACCGCAUCGGCAGCGCAGCCGCCAGCCCGCGGCCGUAGAAGGAGGCUGAUUGACCAUUUUGUCAUGAACUUACCCGGCAGCGCGCUAGAGUUUCUUGACGCGUAUCGCGGAGCCUACCGUGUGAUUGGAGACCAAACGGGCUUAGAGAAGGAACUGAAAGAGAGGAAGGCGAAUGAAGAAGAAAACGGAAGCGAGUGGCCGAUGGUCCACGUACACUGCUUUACAAAAGAUCUAGAACAUCCCUUCGAAGACAUUUGCCGGCGCGCGAAUGAGGCUCUUGGGCUAGACAAUGAACAUCCCGCUGCACUUGUGCCUCCCCGAGAUGGACAUAAUGCUGAGACGCCAACAAAGCAGGAGGUCUCGAUUCACCUCGUUCGUUCUGUUGCGCCAAAUAAAGACAUGUAUUGCCUCAGCUUCAGGCUGUCGAGAGAGAUUCUCCUUGACCUGCCCAUGCAGGAAUUGCAAUGA